AUGUCGACGCAGCGGACUCCGCCCGGCUCUCGUCAGAAACUGAAUAUACAAAAUUCUGCAAUGCAUUACAACUCAGACUCAGCCCUUAACAUGUCAAGUAACCCUGAUUUGGAUGACAAUAAUUAUAUUAAGAUUACAAAGAGCCUUAAACGUACGUUAGGCGAUCUCCCAUUUCAGCCGCUGUCGUCCAUCUCUGAAAUCAAAGUUAUGUUUGCUGAGCUAAAAACUCAACAAGAUCAGAAAUUUGAAUUACUGAAUACCGCACUCAUGACCAUCGUGACCCAAAAUCAAGAAAUUCAAAAAUCUGUUGAGACUCUUACUCACCAACAUCAAGAUUUGUUAGCAAAAAUAAAUCAUUUAGAGCUAGAAAAUAAUGAAUAUAAGCAGCAAAUCCUCACCUUAGAAACUAAACUAGACCUCUUUGAAAAAUGCGCGCGGGGUAAUUCAAUUGAAAUACGUAACCUGCCGGUACAGACCAACGAAAAUAAGAUAGUCCUGAACGAUAUAAUCCAUAAACUUGGCUUAACUUUGGGUCUGAAUACUCUCAUUCAGGACACGGAGAUAAGAAAUAUAUUCCGUACAAAGACAGACGCCAUAAUAGUAGAUUUCAAUUCAAUACUGAGGAAGGAAACCUUUUAA